GAUGCCCGGGAGACGGCGUUCAUCUUCGCCAUCACCAGCGCCGGCGUGACGCACUCGGUGGCCCGGUCCUGCUCCGAGGGCUCCAUCGAAUCGUGCACCUGCGAUUACCGCCGGCGCGGCCCCGGGGGUCCCGAUUGGCACUGGGGGGGCUGCAGUGACAACAUCGAUUUCGGGAGGCUCUUCGGAAGGGAAUUUGUGGAUUCCAGCGAGAAGGGCCGCGAUCUGCGCUUCCUGAUGAACCUGCACAACAACGAGGCCGGGCGCAUGGUCAGGGCGGUGCGGUGUCGGGGGUCCCGUGGUCGGGUCGGCGGGGGCCCGGAGAUGGGCGGGGGGACACAGCCUGGGCCUUUGUG